AUGUCUGAAGAGGAUUGGACAAUAGUAACCAAGCCCGCCGUGGCGACAAACAAGUGGGACGACGAGGAGGACAGCGACGUAAAGGAGAACUGGGACGACGACGAUGAGGAGCCAGUCAGCAAGGCCAGCUCGGCCGGAGACGCCAGUCAGCAGAAGCCUCCCACCACUGAACCUAAAGAGCCCGGGGCGAAGAAGAAGAAGCAGAAGGCGCUGAAAGACAAACUGCUGCAGAAGGACCUGGAGAUGAGCAGACCGCGCACGAAAGAGGAGCUGCUGGCGGACAAGCUGGAGCGCCAACGCCUGCAGGAGGAGUCCGACCUCAGUCUGGCAAAGGAGGCCUUUGGCGUGGACUCCAACGGCGUGGACACCUCCUCGCUGGGCAGCAUUCAGCUGGCCACGCGCACUGACUUUGAGGUCUUCCGCAAGGCGCUCAAUGGCAAGCUGUCCAACUACACCCGCUCGCCCUACUACGUGCCCUUCCUCGAGGAGCUCUUCCGCGAGCUGGCCACCGACCUGGAGGCGGACGACAUCAAGAAGCUGGACACCGUCCUCACUACCAUCUUCAAUGAGAAGAUUAAGCUGCAAAAGCAAGCGGCCAAGGGGAAGAAGGCGAAAAAGGCCGCCAACGCCACCAUUCAAAUGGAGCGCGACGACGACUACUCCUACAACCAGUCAGCCCAGUACGAUGAUUUUGAUGAUUUUAUCUAG